AUGCUGAGGAAAUACGUACCGUCGCCAGAGCAUAUCUGGUUGAUAGAGGAUAUGGUUGUAGAUAAUAAAUUAACUUAUGAAGAACGCCCGGAGAAGAUUGUUGACAGAAAGGAUCAGGAAGCAGACGAGUACGGUUCAUACGGUUAUGCCGCAUCUCCAUCUCUAGGAGAAGCAGCUAGAUCGAUUCCUAAACCGCUAAUGCCCCCUCUUCCAACUGAAACUCAUUCAACAGGAGCAAUUGCAGCUUCUUCUAUUCUCUGUUUUCCUACCCGUUAG